AUGCAUGAGAUCCAGCAGCAAGAUAACGGCGGAAGGCCGUAUAGGUCUCACCUCCGGCCGGCAUGUGUCCCCUGUCGCCGGAGAAAGUCACGGUGCCAGACCGCAGGUGAUGCUGCGGUGUGCCUGACGUGUCGUGCUCACCAGACUGAGUGUUUUUUCCCUGGAGACUCGCAGACUUCUGAAUCUGCGGAACCUGCCCGCCGCCGCCGCCGUCGAGUGGACGCUCGGCCGUCGCCUGAUGCCUCCAGAGCAAGCCCCUCGAGGGUUGCACGAGGCGCGGCACCAUUCCACGGGAAUACAAAGGCUAAUACCUCGGCGUCCAUGAUCGGAACGAGAGGCACAUCCAUGGGACGACAGAGCUCAAUGGCAAUGCCAAACGUGCCGCCAAGUUCCAUCGCCAGCAUGUCGAGGACAGACCAUGGAGAAGAAUCAACUCUGGCCCUGGGCUCCGAUGAUGACCAACAUCUAAAUCUACAUAUUGUAGGGCCAGCCUCCACCAAUGAUAGCCAAGUUUUGUCUACGUAUCUCUCGGGUAUACCCGGAGCUACCCGGAGCACCAGAAUGAUCAUCCCGGAGCCCGCCAGCUGUUCGCGUCCAGUUCUAUUCACCGAAGUUCAGAAGAGGCCAGUGGGCCUCAAGUUGAAUCGUAGUUUCUCGGCAGAGAAGUUGGAGAUAAUCGAAAAGCUCUUGGAGCCUCAUAAUGAGGCUGUUAUUGACGAAUACUUUAGAAAAGUGAAUGUGUGCCUUCCACUGCUGGAUGAAGUCUCAUUCCGGCGUCAAUAUCAGGAAGACAAGACACGAAUUUCGCCAGCGCUGCUGGCAUGCCUAUAUGCCCACACGAUUGUGUACUGGCAAAGCUCUCCAGUCCUGAAUCGUUAUAGGUGUCCGGAGAGUCGCUUCAUUUGGAACCUCGCCAACGAAGCGGUAUAUUCCGAGCUUCACCUAUCACCUGGCAUGUCUAUCAUCAAGGCGAUUCUACUGAAUGUUGGCGGACGGCCCACCACUUCUCUGAUAGGCAACGGUGUGCUUCUUGGAUCUGCAGUCUCUAUGGCGCAUUCGUUAGGGCUGAACCACAACCCUCUGCCAUGGCAAAUUCCGCAGCCAGAGAAGUAUUUGCGCAUGAAAAUUUGGUGGGCGCUGUUGGUUCAUGACAGAUGGACAAGUUUGGCACAUGGAACGCCACCUCAUAUCCAAAGGUCUCAAUACGAUGUGCCUCCGCCCACUCUAGAAUAUCUUAGCGAAGGCUUAACAGAUGAAAGUAACCCGCGCGCUGAGCUUAGAACCAGAAUCUUCAUUUCACUGGUGACUUUGAGCGAAGUGCUUGACCGAUUUCUGCAGUAUGUAUACUGCGUCGGACAAGAUAAGCAGACCACAACCGAUCUCGAGCACGCAUUGCAUCGAUGGGUUGAAACAUUGGAGGGACCCUGUCGCCGGAUUGUUCUGCGCGGGUCUCAUCUAGAUAUUAUUGGAGCUGCAAAUCUUCGCCUAGCAUAUUUGACCGCCAAACUGCUACUGCAGAGGAUACAGCUCGAGGCUGAGAAGCAAGGGGACAGCGUUAACGAGGAGGGAGUGAUGAAUCGGUAUUCCGCGGCACGCAUGACAUCUGAAGAGAUUUUGAUGCUCAUUCAGGACUUUCAGCCAGAGCACCUUGGCGACUUCUGGAUGCCCGUCAGCUCCUUUUCUUUUCCGGCUGCCGUCAAUUUCUUGCUGCGGUGCGCGCUGGAGACGGAGAACUCUCCCGAGGGGCUGGCCCAGAGCCCCUCGUUCAAGAUUGCCCGCGACAUAAUCACCACGCUUCGAUCACACCAGGAACAGUACAGGUGGGAUUUGGGCGACAUCUGCCUUGCCCAACACGCUGAGAUUGUGGAGAAGAUUCUGGCGGGCGUGGCGCCGGAUGAGCAAGGCGGGAGUAAUAGCAGCCUGGAACUCCAGGACUUUGACGCCUCGAUCCUGGACCACAUCUUCCCAAGCGUAUGGGACCCGUUGCAAAACGCCUGGUAA